GCCCACAGUUGCAAUCCAGCGAGCAGUCGUGGGUUGUGGCGCAGCCACAACCUUGGCACGAGUAUCCGUAUCCUUAAUUUCAGUGAACGUGACCAGAGUUCGUCAGACUUUUGCGUACAUCCCGAGUCCCUGCGCACAUCACGACGAUCAUCAUGACGAUGUAAUAGUGGGCGAUUCGGCUACUUAAACGUCGCUUGGUUCCAUGCCGCCAGGAAAAUAUCCGAACCACAGGAAACCAACAUCUUUACCCUGUUAUACCUAACAUAAUAUACAAGACUAAGAGCAAUGCGUGGUUUGUUUGAGAAAUCCUGGAGCCUUGGCAGCUGCGGUUUACUGACUGUACCAUAUUGUAUUUUUCAGGCUUUUUUUGCAUGAAACGCUUGCUGCGUUGGAAGGAUCGUCAUGUCAACAAAGUGAAGCCAGCACGGAUCGGACACCCAGUGGUCCAGGUGCACGGUGCCUUCGUCACACGUCCUAUACAGAAUGAACACAGACAAUUGGCCACUGAGAUUGCCAAUGCGAAGGCUGAGAGCCUACGUGAAGCGUUAGACCGCUUAGAGGUAGAGUUUCAAGAGUUGAUUCUAAGUUUCCCGGACCCAAACCCUCAAGUCGCCGCCUACGUCCAAUGGAAGCUGGAGAAAGGGUUCGAGGAGUUGGUUCGAAGCUUCGGUGACUUAACAUGGCGGGUCACUGUUCAAGUGGAAGAGAAGAGUAUGGUUGCCAACUGGCGUGUGUUGAGCCCGGGAAUGUGAGGGGUUCAAGGAGCACUUGUGCCUUCUCCGCAGAAUGGUGCAUAUAGUUUUGAAUUUUCAUAUUUAUUUUGCUUUGCCUUGCUAGAUUCUACUCCUUCCGGUAAAACAAGCGGCCAGUCUGGCCAUGCUUUUGAAAAGCACGGGCCGGUCCAGUCAAAUUUAUCAGUAUGAUACAAUACGAUGGGAUCUCGGACAAUCGAGCCAUGUACUAUGGUAUGUUGUUGGAAUUGCUUCCUCUGGCGAGGUGUGAGA